UUCUGCCAAACUGAAACUACAGGGAUGUGGGAAUCAAAAUUUGAAAACUCGUCCGAGCACUACUCGCUAAACAGCAAGGCGUUGUCCUUGUCUCCCAAAUUAUCGAGUGUCACCGAUUCGAAGGAGGAAACCGUGUAUGAAACAGACAGAUUGACAAGUGAUUCAGAGCAGCCGAAAGGACAUUCGCCAACUGGCAGCAUGGAUAUGUCUGCGUCUCCACAACCUCUGAGUACCACAGUGGACCUGCUUCAUUUUGAGACGUUGCGUUGGCCAACGCAGGUGAUAGAUGACCAUGAGGAAUUACUAGCAAACGAGUCCAGUUCUACUGAAUCUCCAUUUGCCUUCAGCGGUACAACGAAUUCCAACAGCACAGACGACACUGAGGACGAGAACGAGGAGGAGUCAACAGCGCCAUCAUCCAUGUCAUCGGCGUACAAUGAUUUCGCAUCAAAUGCGACCGAUGUCACCGAGACAAAACCAGAAGUGAACUCUUCGACGCCGACGGCACUUGACAACGUCACUGGUGUACAUUCAGUAAGACCACCCACAGAGUUUUAUCUUAUUACACCUUCGUCCAGAAUGCAAGAUUCUUCCUGCUAA